GCUUCUCCUUCUCCUUCCAUCUAAUAAUUGAAACAUGCGGAAGAGUUCUUGGGAGGCCUACACUCACAAAACAUCAUGGAACAAAAAACUUGAAGAGGUUGAAGGAAGAUGUCACCUUUGCAAAAUGGAUUCCUGACAUAUAGAAAGAGUUCACCUCAGCAUCCACAGUGUGCCCGAGUCUCCUGGAUUUCACCUUUCAAGAGAGAAAAUAUGUCCCUUCAGCCAUCAGUUCUGACCUUCCUUUUGCUGCUCACCUCUGGUUCCUGUGAAGUUUUCCGUGAAUCAAAUUAUUCUAGAAGCUAUCCUUGUGAUGAAAAAAGGCAGAAUGGCUCAGUUAUUGCAGAAUGCAACAAUCGUCGGCUUCAAGAAGUCCCCCACACAGUAAGCAGCUACGUCACAGACCUAGACCUGUCUGAUAAUUUCAUCACACAUAUCACAAGUGAGUCAUUUCAAGAGCUGCAAAAUCUCACUAAAAUAAAUCUAAACAGCAAUGCAAACCAACAGAAUGAAAAUCCCAGUAAGAAUACAAAUGGUAUGAAUAUUACUGAUGGGGCAUUUCUCAACCUAAGAAAUCUAAGGGAGUUACUGCUUGAAGACAAUCAGUUGUACAGUAUACCUGCUGGAUUGCCAGACUCUUUGAGAGAACUUAGUCUCACUCUAAACAAUAUAGUUUGGGUAACUAAAAACCACACCUUGGGACUUAUGAACUUGGAAGGCCUUGACCUAGGCUGGAACUGCUAUUUUGCCUGUAGUAAAACCCUUGACUUGGAAGAUGGGGCAUUUGAAAACCUUACCAACUUGAAGGUAUUAUCACUGUCUUUCAACACUCUUCUCAAAGUGCCACCCAAACUACCAAGCUCCCUGACAAAGCUUUUUCUAAGCAAUGCUAAGAUCAAAACUAUCGCACAGGGAGACUUCAAGGGACUGAGCAAUCUAAUGGUACUAGAUUUAAGUGGCAACUGUCCCAGGUGUUUCAAUGCACCCUUUCCUUGCACUCCCUGUGAAAGAGAUGCUUCAAUUGAAAUACAUCCUCAAGCUUUUCAGGAUCUGAAGCAGCUUCAGUACCUAAACCUCUCUAGCACUUCUCUUCAGAAGGUGUGUCCUACAUGGUUUGACAAUAUGCCUCAUCUGAAGGAGCUUCAUCUUGAAUUCAACUAUUUAGUGCAUGAAAUUGCCUCUGGGGCAUUUUUAACAAAACUAUCCAACUUGGAAAUCCUUGAUUUAUCUUUUAACUAUAUAAAGACACAAUAUUUGCAAUAUAUUACUAUUUCCAAAAACUUCUCUAUGCUUCGGUCUCUCAAAGCUUUACAUUUACGAGGAUAUGUGUUCCAAGAACUGAAACAAGAACAUUUUGAGCCUUUGAUGGGUCUUCCCAACUUAAGGACUAUCAACCUGGGUAUUAACUUCAUUAAGCAAAUUGAUUUUCUCCUCUUCCAAAAGUUUUCCAACUUGUCAGUUAUUUACUUGUCAGAAAACAGAAUAUCACCCCUGGUAAAUGGUAUCAAAGAGAAUUAUAUAAAUGGCUCCUCUUUGCAACAUCAUGUCCUUAAACCACGCUCCACAGGUACCACGUUUGACCCACACUCAAAUUUUUAUCAUAGCACCAGACCUCUAAUAAAGUCACAGUGCACUGCUUAUGGCAAAGCCUUGGAUUUAAGUUUAAAUAGCAUUUUCUUUAUUGGAAAGAAGCAAUUUGAAGGUUUUCAGGACAUUGCCUGCUUAAAUCUGUCAUUCAAUGGCAAUGGUCAAGUGUUACAUGGAACGGAAUUUUUGGCUGUGCCUCAGGUCAAAUAUUUGGAUUUGACCAACAACAGACUAGACUUUGAUGAUAACAAUGCUUUAAAUGAGUUGUACAACUUGGAAGUUCUAGAUCUCAGCCACAAUGCUCACUAUUUCAGCAUAGCAGGUGUGACACAUCGCCUAGGAUUUAUUCAGAAUUUAACACAUCUCAAGGUUUUAAACCUGAGCUACAAUAGCAUCUAUACUUUAACAGAGGAGAAUGAACUGAAAAGCAUAUCCCUGAAAGAAUUAGUUUUCCGUGGAAAUCGCCUUGACCUUCUGUGGAAUGCAGAUGAUACUAGAUAUUGGCCUAUUUUUAAAUGUCUUAGGAAUCUGACACGUCUGGACUUAUCUUACAACAAACUUCAACAAAUCCCAAAUGAAGCAUUCCUGAACUUGCCCCAGAGUCUCACAGAAUUAUAUAUAAAUGACAAUAUAUUACAUUUCUUUAAUUGGUCAUCACUCCAGCAUCUCCCUUAUCUCCAGUUGCUUGACUUACGUGGAAACAAGCUCCAUUAUUUAACGAAUCAUCUAUCUCAAUUUACAUCUCUGCAGACCCUGCUGCUAAGCCGAAACAAGAUUUCCCACCUGCCCUCUGGCUUUCUCUCUGACACCAGCCAUCUAGUGUACCUUGACUUGAGUUUCAAUAUGAUAAAAAUGAUCAAUAAAUCCUCACUACAAACAAGGACCACCACACACUUAGCUACUUUGGUUCUAGGUGGGAACCCUUUUGACUGUACCUGUGACAUUGGAGAUUUUAGAGCAUGGAUAGAUGAAAAUGUGAACAUCACAAUUCCUAGAUUGGUAGAUGUCAUUUGUUCUAGUCCUGGUGACCAAAGGGGGAAGAGUAUCAUGAGCCUAGAGCUCACAACUUGUGUUUCAGACACCAUUGCAGCAAUCCUAUUUUCCUUUACAUUUUUUAGCACCACCAUGGUUAUGUUGUCAGCUCUAGCUCACCAUUUGUUUUACUGGGAUGUUUGGUUUAUCUAUCACAUGUGUUUAGCUAAGGUAAGAGGAUACAUGUCUUAUUCCACAUCCCAGACGUUCUACGAUGCUUACAUUUCCUAUGACACCAAAGAUAUUUCUGUUACUGACUGGGUAAUAAACGAGCUACGUUACCACCUUGAAGAGAGUGAAGACCAAAAUGUUCUCCUUUGCUUAGAGGAGAGAGAUUGGGACCCAGGAUUAGCCAUCAUUGAUAACCUCAUGCAAAGCAUCAAUCAGAGCAAGAAAACAAUAUUUGUUUUAACCAAAAAAUAUGCAAAAAGCUGGAACUUUAAGACAGCGUUCUACUUGGCCUUACAAAGACUAAUGGAUGAGAACAUGGACGUGAUUAUCUUUAUCCUGCUGGAGCCUGUGUUGCAGCACUCACAGUACCUGAGGCUACGGAGGAGGAUCUGUAAGAGCUCCAUCCUCCAGUGGCCCGACAACCCCAAGGCAGAAGGCUUGUUUUGGCAAAGUCUGAAGAACGUGGUCUUAACUGAAAAUGAUUCCCAGAGUAGUAAUUUCUAUGUUGAUUCCAUUAGGCAAUACUAA